CUGCCACAUUGCCGUCUAUAUCCUGCACGUAAGUACGGAAACAAUGCAAUUCGGCCCGCUAUAAGGCCUAAAGCUCAAGCCAUGUCAUGUUGCCUGUCUCGCUUCCAUUAUAAGAGACUCUGCAAAACUUCUGCAGCCUCCGAAUUACCAUGAAAACACUAUUUGCCCUUCUGACAGCCCGUCUUGCCGCAUUGACGUACGCAGUAGCCCAGUUACCUACGUCGCCCUUGGGACCUGUCGUCAAUCUCGGAUACGCGAUGUACAUUGGGAAUACAACUUCUCCGACUGGACUGGAAGACGGACCGGUUGUUUUCUACGGCAAUAUUCCUUACGCGCUGCCGCCAAUUGGUGACCUUCGCUGGAGGGCGCCACGUAUGCUGAAUGAGAAUGGGCAAACAAGCCAGACUGUAGACGCGAGGGAUUGGGGUCCGCCAUGUUUGCAACGCCCAGCCAUGGUGCCAGAUUGCCUAAAAGUCAACGUGUGGAAACCAAGGACAGCUUCUGAGGGAGAUGCUCUUCCAGUUGCCGUUUACAUUCAUGGAGGAGGGUUCUAUGCUAACUCACCGCAAGGAUUUCCCUUGUAUGAUUAGGUAGAACAACAGGGCAAGCUAGUUGGCGUUUCUAUCGCCUACCGCCUUGGACUUCUGGGAUUUUUAGGCGGCUCUCUACUGGAAACCGACGGGGAUUUAAAUGUUGGAUUACUCGAUCAGCGUGCUGCACUUGAGUGGAUUCAGCGACACAUAUCCAAGUUUGGCGGCGACCCAGACAAUGUUACCAUUU